AUGUUUUCCGGUACUUCCGCCAAGCUUGUUAAUUUCACUCGCUCCAUUUGUGGUGACACUCUCCUGAAUCGCCCCACAGCGAGCUCAGCGCCAGUCAUAUGUGAAGUCUGCGGGACAUACUUUGAAACACGACGAGGGCUCUCCAGCCACGCUCGGCUCCAUCUACGACAGCUCGGUGUGACCUUGUCGGAAAGCAGCGGAGCUCCCAUAGAGCUCCUAUACCAGCUUGUCCAGGAGAGAGACGGCUCCCUGCCUAACUUCAAAGCAGACUCCUCUGUACCUCUGACGCCUACCAAAAAAACAUCCCAGCAGGAGUCCAGGUCUCCUUCAGUAUCAGAAGGCAAGAGUUCCUCCUACAAAGCAGGAAGUAGAGUCAUGACUUCCCCACAAAAGAUGGAUAAUCAGGGAUCUCCAGCCAGAUUAAAAGAGUCAACGACCUCUCUCCUCCCCGCAUCUCCACCUCCUCUUAGACUGGCUGAGGGCAGCAGCUCAUCCUCAUUAGAGCAACAAACCACAACCAAGCCACUGUGGGCGCCACUGGAAACUGAUGCCCCCAUCACUUUGGCUUCAGACAACAGUGAUGAGGUCCAUGUUUGCCAGUUUUGCGGCAGCUGGUAUGAAACACGCAAAGGCCUGUCCAUUCAUGCUCGGUUCCAUCUGAGGCAGAUUGGAAUCCCUGACAGCGACAUCAAGGGCAGCCCUAUUGACUUUUUUUACCAGAUCAUGGAGGAGGAGGACCUCAAGCCCAUCAUCACUGAGCAACAGGAAACACUCCCCUCCAACAGCCCCCCUACUCCCUCCUCUAAACGGCCCUCUGAUAAGUCUACUCCAACUGCGUCUCCUGUUAGCAAAAAACCUAAAUCCUCAGAAGACUGCACCUGUAUUUUGUGUGGGGAGCAGUUUGAAAACCGAAAAGGCCUGGCCUGCCACUCACGCUCUCACCUGCGUCAGAUUGGGGUGGUGGACCUGCUGGGGAAAAGCUCUGCGACAGAGGCUGUUCAGGAGCUGGUUAGCAGGGGCAUGUUAGAAGCCAGGCACCCCAAAAAAACCAGUACCAUCAGCUCAUCUCCAUCUAUAGACCAACCCCGCACCCCACUUCCCUCCACAUCCUUCUCCCCAACCCCAGAAAAGGCUCUUCACACUUCAGCCAACCGGGCCCCUAAGGCUAAGAAAGGCUUUCGGCUAGCAGUGGACCCCCUUCAUAGAAAGCCCAAGCCUGAACCUGUGGAGAUCGAGUUGUCUGCACCAAAGGAGCCCAGCACCAGCAGCAGCAGCAGCAGCUCGCCCCCUCAGAAGUCACCUGUUGCAGUUGUUUCCUCAAAGUCUCUCAGUGCAGACGCACAAUCCCCACCAACAGUCCUUUGCGAUUUCUGUGGUCAGCUGUUUGACACCCGUAAGGCCCUGUCAUGCCACGCCCGUGCCCAUCUGCGCCAGCUCGGCCUCACCUGGUCGAUCAAGACGUCGCCGAUUGACGUCCUCAAAGAGGUCAUGAUGCACGGGGAAGAGGGCAGGAAACACUCAGCACCAAGUGGGGCUUCAGGCAAAGCCACAUGGAACCCUCAAGGCUCCAGAAGGUCCCUGGACAGCCUCCAGUCAGGGGAGCCACUCUCCAACAACUGCACUUCACCUCUAGAUUAUUCCAUGAAAGAGAAAUCAUCUUCAGGCAAGAGGGGGGCGUCACACGCUGACGCAUCCUGUGAGCUUUGUGGGUUUGAGUUUGAGAACCGCAAAGCUCUGGCCAGUCACGCACGGGCCCACCUCCGACAGCUGGGCAUGGUUGAAUGGAAGGCAGACGGGUCGAGUUCACCCAUCGAGCUCCUCAGUGAGCUGAUCCGCAGGGACCCAGCCAAGGUGGCUGCAAUAACCCGACGCUAUCGCAUGGGAGACCUGUAUAUUAAAAGGAGACAUGCUGGGUCGCCCUCUCUGCUCACAGACUCUGAAUCUGUGCCUGGCAGCAGUCUGAAGCCUGAGCACAAAGGGAGUAGAGAGGACCAUGCCGGCCCAUCCAGACAAUCACAAGACCACAAACGGAUGGCAGCUCAUGGCAACGCUGGUGUGCGCUCCCCAAGAGGGGUCCAUCCGACAAAACACUCAGUGCCUACAGGGGAAGAUAAUCAGGACUCCAACUCCCAGCAACCACCACGGUCCGGCAGUAUCCCUGCUAUGCUACCCAAGCCCCCACUGACCCCUCUGGUUAAACUGGUGGGCAAAAUGUACUCCCUCAAGUGCAGGUUCUGUGAAGAAGUGUUUCAUGGACCUGUGUCUAUUCAAGAGCAGUGGAUCACACACCUGCAGAAACACAUCCUCUCACUGGGCUACAAAGGCAAAGCCUCUCCCCCCGCUGCACCGGCUGUGGCAGCUCCUGCUCUCGUCCACCCAGUCGCUGUCUAGCUCACAAAUCCUUUCAG